UUUGCGGUCGCCUAGCAACGCUCCAAACAUUCUGUUGUCAAAGGAAGCUAGCAAGCUAACCCAGUUUUAAUAACUGAUUAAAAAAACAUACACAUAUAUAUCUAAAAGUCAUGGAGCGGGAACUCAAUGACGAGGAACAGCAGGAUUUAUUCGCCUGGAUAGACAAAAUACCUUUGUCGAGGCCCAAAAGAAAUAUUUCAAGAGACUUCAGCGAUGGAGUGAUGGCAGCUGAGGUUGUAAAACAUUUCUUCCCAAAGCUUGUUGACUUGCACAACUACAUUCCUGCUAAUUCCACGCAGCAAAAGCUCAGUAACUGGAACGUCCUGAACAGGAAGGUGUUUUGUAGGCUUGACUUUCAUGUGCCAGAGGAAACACUCAACAAGAUUGUUCUGAGCACUUCUGGAGCUGUGGUGCCAGCUCUCAGUGCCCUCAGGGAGAAGAUCGACAAGAAGCUGGAGAACCCAAAAAACAAUAUAACAAACCCUGACUACUAUGACACCAGGGACCUGAAGAAACCCUGCGCAGAAAUUCAUCAGAUCCAUACUCAGCUGACAGAGCUGAGGAAAGAUGAGAAGAACAUGGAGAAAAACAUGAAAGUGCAACACGCAGUCAGGUUUUACUCCGACAUGGACCCGAGUUUACGACUCAUCCUGCAAGAAAAAGAGCAGGCAGUCCUGUCUCUGCAGGAGACGGUGGAGAUCCUGCAGAUAAAAGUGAACAAGUUAGAACAUCUUGUGCACCUGAAGGACAUGCGAAUAGAAGAUCUGACGCGGCACCUGGAGAUGUACAAAGCAAAAGACAGAACACAUUAAAUCAUCGACAACACACCAACAAGACAUAAUAGCUGCACUGAGAAUCUGUUUUAAUGUUCUACAAAAAAAGAUUUUUUUUUCUAAGAAAAGUAGAUCAUAUUACUAAUGUGACCUAAUUUACUUUUAAAAAGAACUUUACUAAUAGAAUAUCCUUUUUAAACUUAAGUUUGCAAAUUAGGAAUUGAUUUGGCAAUUUAGCAGAUUUGGCAGUUUAGAUGGUUCCUCAAAGAUAGAACAAAUUUACAUUUCCACACUUUUAGUUACUAGAUUUCCUAGAGAAUAUGUGAAGUAACUGACAGAUGUCCAAAUAUGGUUAAAGAACCUUUUUUUCAGCAGUUUAUUUAUUGGAAUAUAAAGUUUACUUAAUUUGUGAAGCCAAGCAGCACAUCCUAUCAGAACCAGAGCUUUCUGAGCAGACAGAGAACUGAAUGACACAACUGAGUCAAAAACUGUUUUGUUACUUUUCGUGCUCUUACCAUUAUUAAUAUCUCUCAACAUUAAAACACUGGGUUAAAAUAAAUCAACUUUUGAUAAUAUCUCAAGUGAAGCUGUAGUUGCAUGUAUGGAAAGUUAAAGUCCCAUUGUUCUCUGCACCCACCCCCUUGGGGAGCUGCAGACACCGCCGCACUCAGAAUUUGGUGGUUUAAUCCCCCCAAUCCAACCCCUUAAUGCUGUGCGCCAAGUACGGAGGCAUUGGUAUGACUCGGACGUGGAUUUGAACUCACGACCUUCCAGUCUUCCACAAGGCCGCUGAGCUGCUUUUAAAUAAAUGACCCAAAAAAUUGAUUUAUAGUUGUCUUUCAGAUUUGUUAUGGCUACAAAAUGAGCAUAUUCAUCCCAAAAUAUUAUAAAAUUAGAGCAUAUUCUUAUAAAGGGGUUAUCAAUUGAGACUGAGACUGCAUAUGGGAGAUGUUUUCAGUUGCACAUAUUUCACUUUUUGCAUGUUUUCUUUCUUUUUAGAUGUUUGUGUUUGCAGGUUUGGAGCAGGUUCGAUGCCACCAAUAAAUUUGUUUUAGGUUAUGGGAGCAAAGAGUUGCAUGUUUGGUCAAAUUGAUCUGGUUUGUGUCAAGGAUGUAACUGUCUGUCCAGGAAGACUGUGUUCCUCAGGUUUAAUUGAACGGUAAACUGUUUAUGGGAACAUGUCAUGAUUGAGUUAUUAGCUAAAAAAAUAAAAAAUAAAUAAAGUUAUAUUUGAUUA